AUGGUUAUGGACGAUUCCCACCCAGCGAGCGGAGAGCAUUCCGGCGAGGAAUCCUCGUCGCACAAGCUGAAUGACCACACUUCGGCGAGGCUGGGAGAAGAAGGUAAUGCGGGCGUGCAGAACCUCUACGGAUCUGACUCUGAUUCGGGAUUGAAUGUCGCUCUCAAACAAGCGUUUCUCGCGCUCUCGAAUCUUCUCACACACCUUUUGGCGGACAGGUUGCAAAAAGCAGAUGGAAACCCUCAUCUUCACAGCCAGCUGGAGGCUCCAGCUGCUUACAAUAGCAGCCCCAACCCCACCUUGUCUGCUCCAACGCUUGGAGAGGAAGAUCACGUCUCUCACAGGCAACUGAAAAGAAAGCACAAGCAGAGGCAGCAGCAGCAGCAGCAGCAGCAGGAACAGACUGCAGUGGAGGCGCAAGACCAGAAAACACAGCAGCAGCAGCAGCAGCAGCAGCAGCAGCAGCAGCAGCAGCAGCAGCAGCAGCAGCAGCAGCAGCAGCAGCAGCAGCAGCAGCAGCAGCAGCAGCAGCAGCAGCAGCAGCAGCAGCAGCAGCAGCAGCAGCAGCAGCAGCAGCAGAAGCAGAAGCAGCAGCAGCAGCAGCAGCAGCAGCGACAGCAGCAGCAGCAGCAGCAGCAUCAGCAGCAGCAGCAGCAGCAGCAGCAGCAGCAGCAGCAGCAGCAGCAGCAGCAGCAGCAACAGCAACAGCAACAGCAACAACAACAGCAACAGCAACAGCAGCAGUGUAGGCAGCAGAAACGCAAGUCCCCACCUCUCUCUACUCCUUUCCCCAAAUACCGCGGAGUGAGGCAGAGAAAGACAGGCCACUGGGUGGCAGAAAUAGAGGACACAGCUAACAAUGUGCGCAAGUGGCUCGGAACAUUUUCCACUCCUGAAGCUGCUGCCCGCGCAUUCGACCAAGCUGCCCGGGAGCUCCGCGGGCCCCGCGCAAAGACGAAUUUUCCGCUGCCCGAGGAGCAGGCAGGCAGUGGUGGGGAGAGGGAUUAUGACAGGGAGAGGGCUAAUGAUGAAAAAGUGGGUGGGAUGUGCAGUGGUGGUGAGGGUGGGGAAGGGUCGUCGUGCCCUAGAAAUGAUGCUCCUGUAUGGGAAGGGUCCUGCAAUGUCAGCAUGAAUGGGGCAGAAUCAAAAGAGCCAUAUUCUGCGAGGAGUGUGGAUGGGAAGGAGCAGGAUAAGCGGGACCAGGAGGAGGACCGAGAAGAAGCCGAGGAGGGGAGUGCGAAGGGGAUUGGGAAGGGCAAUGAUGGAGGGGAGGAUGGAAGGGAGGAUGGAAGGGAGGGCGAGGAUCAUUUUGCAUGUGGAUACUUCAUGAAUCUGAUUUCAAGCGAAAGUGUGUGUGCGAAUGCAGGGAACACAUGCAUGAUGGCUCUCGACUCAAGAGAGAGUGCAUGUGUGGCUGCAGGAGAUCCCAACAGAGCAGCAUGGGGAUGUGCAUUCGCAGAACCUGCUUACCCUUCUCCUGCCAGCUAUAAGUUCACGGCUCAUGGCUCCCAGCUUGCUGCCCCUGUUGCUCCGGAGAUCGCUAGUGGGAGGCGUUUGCUGCAAGAGCAGGAGUUGGUGAUGGGGGGAGCGGGAGAUCUAGCAGCGUUGAUUGGGGAUGGAGGAGAGCCUUUGGUGCUUGGGGAUACUCUGGUGGAUACACGGGUCACGGCGGGGACAAGCAAUCUGGCAGUGCUGAUUGGGAACACCCCUGAUGGUUCGGUGAUGGCAGAUGAGGCAGAUGGAGAGCGCUUGCUGCGCGGGGAUGCUCGGGAAGAGGGAGCGGUAGCGGGAGGAGCAAGCAACCUCGCAGUGCUGAUUGGGGAUGCUCUGGAAAUCACAGAGGUUGAGCGUUUGGUGCUUGAAAAUGCUUUGGGAGAGGCACGGAUCGCGGGAGGAGCAAGAAAUCUGGCAGCGUUGAUUGGAGGAGAUGGAGCACUGAUCGCAAGAGGAGUAGAUGAUCGGGCAGAGCUGAUUGGAGACGAGCAUGAGCUACGAUCCGAGAGGAUGCCGCUACCCUCAGAUGGGUUUGGGUGUGCCGGUGACAGGAAGCCGGCAGGGCAGUCCAGAGAGACAGGGGAGGAAGGGGAGCGUUGCGAGAAUUCAAUGAAGAAAGAAGAGGAAGGGAUGCAAGAGGAUGCAGAGGAGUGGAAUGUGGUGCUGAGUCACAUGCAGGAGGUUGCUGCUACUGCAUCCUCAGAGUCGGGCAAUGAUGGGAUGGACACUUGGAUAUUGGAGGACAUAAUGCCCCUUGAUGGAUGA